UCCACCGCCCUUGCUUUAUUAAAGGGAAAUCAUGCACUGCCUGGGUUCUCAUGCACCACCUCUUUGCUCUGCAAAUGCAUGCAUUUGUUCAACAGAUGUUUGGGUGCCCACUCUGUGCUUGGAGUUGGAGGGAGUGGGAUCAGGAAAGAUCUCCUCCCAGGAAGAUGAACCUGUAUGAGUGAGGGAGAACCUGGCCUACCAGGAUGGAGGGGCAUGCUGAAAUGGAGAUGCUGAGGACACUGAAGGGGCCCUCCACAGGGGAGGUCAGCGUGCACCUCGUGCCCAGAGACAGCCCGGGUUCCGGCCCUCAUCUGCCUGCUACUGCCUUCAUCAUCCCAGCCAGCACAGCCACCCUUGGCCUGUCCAGCAGUGCCCUGGAGGUGUCCUGCUUUCCGCGGGAGCCGAUCCAUGUGGGCGCUCCGGAGCGAAUGGCCGGCAGCGUACCUGUCACGGCCACCGUUCUGCCGCAGUUAAGCGCCGGGCCGGCGGCCAGCUCCAGCGCCAGCGCAGUGCGGCUCCUGGAGUGGACGGAGGCCGCGGCCCCGCCUCCUGGGAGCGGCCUGCGGUUCCGGAUAAGCGAGUACGCGCCGCUGAAAAUGGUGGGAGCGGAGCAGCCCCCGAGCCCCGAGUUGCGGCGGGAGGGCGUGGCCCCGGCGGGAGGUGGCGAUUCGGACACCCAGCAGCCUGCGGACCUCCCCCAGGACCCUCCAGAAGAUCCCCCUCAAGACCCUCCAGAGGAUGAUGGCACCUGUCAGUGCCAGGCUUGCGGGCCUCAGCAAGGCGCCGGUCCCGAUGCUGGUUCCUCCAGUGAUGGCUGCCCCCAGCUCUACCAGGAGCGGUCAGUCAUAGUGGAGAACUCCUCAGGCCAGAACUCCGCCUGUGCCAGCGCCUCUGAGCUCCUCAAACCCAUGAAGAAGAGGAAGCGCAGGGAAUACCAGAGCCCAUCAGAGGAGGAGUCCGAGCCAGAGGCCACGGAGAAGCAAGAAGAAGGAAAAGAUCCAGAGGGACAGCCCACCGCUAGCACCCCAGAAAGUGAGGAGUGGAGCAUCAGCCAGCCUGCAUCAGGGGAGAAGGAAGGCUGGUCGUGGGAGUCCUACCUCGAGGAGCAGAAGGCCAUCACUGCCCCUGUCAGCCUCUUCCAGGACUACCAGGCGAUCCCUCAUAACAAGAAUGGCUUCAGACUGGGCAUGAAGUUGGAAGGCAUCGACCCUCAGCACCCGUCCAUGUACUUCAUCCUCACUGUGGCCGAGGUGUGUGGCUACCGCCUACGACUGCACUUUGAUGGGUAUUCCGAGUGCCACGACUUCUGGAUCAAUGCCAACUCCCCUGACAUUCACCCCACUGGCUGGUUCGAGAAGACUGGACACAAGCUGCAGCCCCCCAAAGGUUACAAGGAGGAGGAGUUCAGCUGGAGCCAGUACCUGCGCAGCACAAGAGCCCAGGCUGCCCCCAAGCACCUGUUUGUGAGCCAGAGCCACAGUCCCCCACCCCUGGGCUUCCAGGUGGGCAUGAAGCUGGAGGCUGUCGACCGCAUGAACCCAUCCCUCGUCUGUGUGGCCAGUGUGACCGAUGUGGUGGACAGCCGCUUCCUGGUGCACUUUGACGACUGGGACGAUACUUACGACUACUGGUGUGAUCCCAGCAGCCCCUACAUCCACCCAGUGGGCUGGUGCCAGAAGCAAGGAAAGACCCUCACCCCUCCACAAGACUACCCAGACCCUGAUAGCUUCUGUUGGGAGAAAUAUCUGGAAGAAACUGGGGCCUCUGCUGUGCCCACCUGGGCCUUCAAGGUGCGCCCCCCGCACAGUUUCCUGGUCAACAUGAAGCUGGAGGCCGUGGACCGCAGGAACCCAGCCCUGAUUCGUGUGGCCAGCGUGGAGGACGUGGAGGACCAUCGGAUAAAGCUCCACUUUGAUGGCUGGAGUCAUGCCUAUGACUUCUGGAUCGACGCCGACCACCCAGACAUCCACCCCGCGGGCUGGUGCUCCAAGACAGGGCAUCCCCUGCAACCUCCUCUCCGACCCAGAGAGCCCAGCUCUGCCUCCCCUGGUGGCUAUCCCCCUCUCAGCUAUCGGAGCCUACCGCACACCAGGACCUCCAAAUACAGCUUUCACCACCGGAAGUGCCCCACUCCUGGUUGUGACGGCUCUGGCCACGUCACAGGCAAGUUCACAGCUCACCAUUGCCUCUCGGGCUGCCCACUGGCUGAGAGGAACCAGAGCCGGCUAAAGGCGGAGCUCUCCGACACAGAGGCCUCGGCCCGUAAGAGGAACCUCUCGGGCUUCUCCCUAAGGAAGAAGCCUCGCCAUCAUGGCCGGAUUGGACGCCCUCCAAAGUAUCGGAAGAUCCUGCAGGAAGAUUUCUCGACACUAACUACCGAUGUCAUGCACCAGUCCCUCUUCAUGUCAGCCCUGUCGGCCCACCCUGACCGUUCACUCUCAGUGUGCUGGGAGCAGCACUGCAAGCUCCUGCCAGGAGUGGCGGGCAUCUCGGCCUCAGCAGUCGCCAAGUGGACCAUUGAUGAGGUCUUCGGCUUCGUUCAGACCUUGACAGGUUGUGAGGACCAAGCACGACUCUUCAAGGAUGAGGCAGACAUUGUGAAGAUCAUGAGCGUCAAGCUGGGUCCAGCCUUGAAGAUCUAUAAUGCCAUUCUCAUGUUCAAAAACGCCGAUGACACCUUAAAGUGACUGGCUCCAGCUCAGCUGGGCCUCCCUCUGCAGCUGAUGCUUCCUUCCCGACUCGAGUUCCUCACGUCCCACCUGCACCCCCACCACCGUCUCUAUCUUACCAGGGCUGGUCCUUCUCUCCGGGGCUGCUUCCUACAAGGUACAUGGGAGCAGAGGAGCCCUGGGGGAGAUGGAGUCCUUGCUGCCCAGUCCUGGGCUCACCUGCCACCAGGCACAGCGGUGAGGUGUGACUGGGCUGGGGGAGCAUUGCUGAUGGAAUAGCUUGGAGACGCCCUGCCUCUGGAAGCCCCACAUCUCCAGCUGACUUGUUCUAUCACCCUUCGGGUCUUUUUCUUAGCAGUUGAGAACAGUCUGGUAGAACGGGAGUCCUCCGAUCUGAGGCCCUUUUCUCUUCAGCAUCUCUCUCUGCUUUUCUUUCCUUAUCUCCUUUCCUCCUACCAAGAAGUAACCCUGCCCCAAACAUG